AUGGCUCUUCAAACAUUACUCCACCACACAGUACUCAUACUAUCCCUCUUUCUCCUCUCUUUUUUAGCCCUUGCCCGUGUCAAUUCCCAACGAAAAACAUACAUUGUCCACGUCAAGAGGCCUAAAGAUGAUAUUCCCUUGACAACCUACCACAAGUCCUUUCUCCCUCUUACAGUACCCAACCAUUCAUUGAUUUCCUCGUACAAACAUGUCAUCAGUGGCUUCUCGGCAAGACUAACCUCUCAAGAAGUCAAAGCCAUGAAAGCCAACAAGGCUUUCCUUUCUGCCCAUGUCCAAACUACAUACCAUCCCUUAACCACCCGAUCCCCUGAAUUCCUCGGGCUGAACCCACGGGCCGGAAUCUGGAAUCAAACACAAUUCGGCCGAGGAAUCAUCAUCGGUGUUGUGGACACCGGGAUUUUCCCGACCCACCCUUCGUUCAGCGACUGCGACAUGCCCUGUCCACCCGCCACGUGGCAAGGGACGUGUGAACCACCCGUGACGUGCAACGGCAAAAUCAUAGGCGCACGCUCGUUCAGCAAGGGCAGCGACGUCUCCAAAUACAACGACUCGAACCCGACAGACUACACCGGCCACGGGACUCACGUCGCCAGCAUCGCCGCCGGCGUGUUCGUACUGAACGCGAAUGUUUUCGGGCAAGCGUACGGGACGGCGGCCGGGAUGGCCCCCGGCGCACACCUGGCGAUGUACAAAGCGUGCUUCGAGGACGACUGUAUCGAGAGCAACCUGCUAGACGCCAUGGAAGCUGCCAUCGACGAUGGAGUCGACAUCCUGUCGUUAUCCUUCGGAUCAUCCAAGCCGUUGUACAAAAACAUUUUCGCGUUGGGCGCUUACGACGCGGCUAAAAAGGGGAUACUCGUGAGCUCCUCGGCUGGGAACGGCGGUCCUUCCGAGGGUACGGUGGUCAACGAAGCGCCGUGGAUGCUCACCGUCGGGUCGAGCACGAUCGACAGAAGGAUCCAGGCCUCAGCGAUAUUGGGAAACGGGCGGAAGUUCGACGGCGAAUCCGUAUUUCAGCCCAAGAAUUUCUCCAGAGAUCUCCUACGCCUCGUCUACCGCGCGGGCCCCGACGGGAGACAAUACUGUUACGACGGGUCGUUGGCCGGAAUCGACGUUCGGGGGAAGGUGGUGUUGUGCGACGGGUCUCUUCGAAUCUUUCCGGUGGAUCAAAGCAAAGAAGUGAAAAAGGCGGGCGGUGCAGCCAUGAUACUUGCAAACCAGGAAGCUGCCGGGUUUAGCCAUCAGUCGUUUGCUCUUGUUCUUCCGGCCACAACAGUGUCGUAUGCCGCGGGGCUAAAAAUAAAGGACUACGUGAAGUCGGAAUCAUAUCCGACGGCAACCAUCUUAUUCAAGGGGACGGUAGUCGGGGACCCGUUUGCUCCGGCCGUUUCUUACUUUUCGUCGAGAGGGCCCAGCAAACAAACCCCCGGGAUCUUGAAACCGGACAUCAUUGGACCAGGCGAAAACAUUCUGGCAGCGUGGACGCCUUUGGGCCCCCCGGAUAAUUCGGGGCUCUUUUACAAAAUCUUCUCGGGCACAUCAAUGUCGUGCCCACACCUCAGCGGCGUAGCGGCUCUGAUCAAAAGUGCCCACUCCGAUUGGUCGCCGGCAGCCAUAAAAUCAGCAAUUAUGACGACUGCUGAUCUUGUGAAUGCCCAAGGCCAGCCGAUUCUCGACGAGAAGCUUACUUCAGCCAACAUUUUAGCUCUCGGCGCAGGCCAUGUCAACCCGUCUAGGGCGAUGGAUCCUGGUCUAGUCUACGACAUUGAAAUGGAUGACUACAACGCGUACAUAUGUGGCUUGGGCUACACGAAAGAACAAGUUGAAAUAAUCACACAAGACCCGGCGGUCGACUGCACGACGAAAAUUGAACAACGGCAACUCAACUACCCCACAUUCUCGGUUUUGCUCGGUCCGUCGACAACACAUUCGAGGAUGGUCACUAACGUUGGUGAGGCAGUCGCAACUUAUUCUGUGCAGAUUUUCGCGCCACAGGGUGUGAACGUUGUCGUGAAGCCACGUAAGCUGUAUUUUACGAAGUUGAACCAAAAAGCGGCGUAUCAUGUGACGUUCAACCGCUCUAACAGCUUUAUUAUAUGGAGCAACAGUUCAGUUUUCACCCAAGGUUUCUUGCUCUGGAAAUCAAAGAAGCAUACGGUCAGGAGUGUUAUAGCAGUGAACUUGACUAGACCAGUGUAUUAA